UGAAGGAACUUUACUAAAUCUAGCCCCGGGUAUUAACGUAAACGUUAUUGCACUUUUUACUUACCUUUAUAACGUUUAUGUAUCUUAGACUUAAAGCCCAAAUGUAGAAAUGGGCCAAACGCUGGCGUUAUUAAGCGACUGUGCUCCCCCAAGCCAGCAGUUCAGUGUGAGAGCCCCUUGACUGAGUGGAAGAAGUUAGCUAAGCUAGCUUGCUCGCUAGUUAGCAGAAGGAGGAUGCGGGGAAGAUGGCGAUGAAUGUGAAGAAUAGGGGCGCUUAUUUUCAAAGUAAUGACUAUUGCAGGAAUUACAGUUCGCAGGCUAUACAUUAUGGGAAUAACAAUCACUUUUUCCCCCGGUUACCAGGCCCUGAGUCGCUGCUGAAGCCUCCACUGGAGCUCAUGUGCCAGGCUCCGCCCCCAUUCCAGCCGGCCCCGCCCCCUCAGGCCCUGGGCCCGCCUCCAGACUCCCUGCACUUCCCCCUGCCCGCUCCCCUCACUGCCAAACCCCUCCCCCACCUCCCGCUGCCGCCCGGCCUGCCCCCCAGCCUGCCCCCCAGCCCCAAGCCGCUGGAGGAGGAGGGGCAGGGGGGGCCCACCGAGCAGGACCCCACCCUGGAGGAGCUCUGCAAACCACUGUACUGCAAACUGUGCAACGUCACGCUCAACUCCGCCCAGCAAGCACAGGCGCACUACCAGGGCAAAAACCACAGUAAGAAGCUGAGGAACUUCUAUGCUGGGAGUCAGCAGCCCCCACCUGUCCGGAUACCUGAAGCACUGGAGCCAGUUGCCCAGCAACCGCAGGCCACUCCCCCCGCUGAGAGUGCUGCUCCAUGUAAACAGGCUGUGUUUAAGGGGGCCAGCCGGGUCAUUCUGGCCACAGAGAGUGAUUACUGUAAGCUCUGUGACGCCUCCUUCAGCUCCCCCACCGUCGCUCAGGCUCACUAUCAGGGGAAGAACCACGCCAAGAGACUGCGCCUGAGUGAGGUCCAGCUGAGCCCCGGCUUCCUAGAUUCAUCGGAAGCCAAUCAGAGGCGACCACGGAAAGAGGGGGCAGAGUUUAAACUGAUGAAGACUCGUAGGAACACACACCUGCCUCCCAACCUGCCAGGGCCGUACUACAACCCGCGACCACGGCAGCGAAUCCCACGAGACCUGGCCAUGUGCGUGACGCCCAGCGGCCAGUUCUACUGCUCCAUGUGCAACACGGGCGCCGGCGAGGAGGCGGAGUUUCGGCUGCACCUGGAGAGCAAGCAGCACAAGAGCAGGGUGUCCGAGCAGCGCUACCGCAGCGAGAUGGAGACGCUGGGCUACACCUGAGCGCCGCCGUCCCCGACCUGCAGGGGGCGCUGCGCUCGCUCGCCCGCGCACACAGGGCUGAGCGGCCUCACCUCCUGACUUCCCACUGCCUUUUACUACUCAUUUUAUUCUCUGUGCUACGUUUAUUUAUUUAUUAUUAUUACGUAUUUAUUUAAGGAAAAAAAGAUAAAUUAUGGUCUACACUUGAGCACGCCCUGCUGGUUAGCUCGUGAACAUGGCCUCUGCUGUUUCCGCUAAUUUAGUGUUUUCUUCUUCUUCUUCUUCUUCUUCUUCUUCUUCUGUAGUUACCUUGAGUUUAUAUGUGAUGCAGCCUGCGCCUGAGAUUGAAGCAGGAAACUUUGAGUCGCGUCAGAAACCACAUCCCUGCAAUCUCAAGAAACAUUUCCCUGCAGUCCGCACUUAGCGUAGCACCGUCCUGCUAGCUGUAGGCUUUUUGUGGCUUUCUCAGAACCUUCAGGAAAAGGUGAGCAGUUGAUGAAUCGAGAGCGUGCUCCAGGGUUAGGGUUAGGAGGGUUA